UGGGAGAGGUGUGGUGGUGCUGGGUUGAGGGCCGGCAGGACACACCCGGGUUCUUGGAGGGCCCAAUACAAGCUCGGUAACAGCCUGCCGCUCUGCUUGACUGCUCGCGCCUUCCCACCCCCCACUCUCACCCCCGACCCAUAGCACCUGGGGGUCCCCGGCUGAGUGCAGUGGUUUGGGGUGCCAGCAGGGGGCGCUCGCGUGGGGGCUCAGGGCGGGCGGGGCAGCUGCUGGGGGAGGGAUAAGGAGGGACCUCCCUGGCUGCAGACGCCAGGCUCAGCCUGCCCAGAUCACAGCGCACAGCUACCUGUAGCUCUGGACGCAUGUCCCCUUCCGGGACCCAGUACUUCUCCCUCCUAGCCCUGCAUCCAUCCCACUCGCACUUCAGACCCGGACUCGUGGGAACCCGCGGACAGCGUGCUCGACCCUCGGUGGAUGACAUGUAGGGUCACCUCCUGGUCCAGCCUUAGAACCUCGACAGACUCCUUGCUUGGAAAGUUUGGGACUGUGCGCCAUGGCCAAGAGCGGCUCGCUGAGUAUCCGCGUGGUGGAGGGACGGGCGCUGCCCGCCAAGGACGUGUCUGGGAGCAGUGACCCCUAUUGUCUGGUGAAAGUGGAUGAUGAGGUGGUGGCCAGGACAGCUACCAUCUGGAGGAGUCUGAGCCCCUUUUGGGGGGAGGAGUACACCAUUCACCUUCCGCUGGACUUCCACCACCUGGCCUUCUACGUGCUGGAUGAGGACACUGUUGGACAUGAUGACAUCAUUGGGAAGAUCUUCUUGAGCAAGGAAGCUAUCACAGCUGACCCUCGAGGGAUCGACAGCUGGAUCAAUCUGAGCCGAGUGGAUCCAGACGCUGAAGUGCAGGGUGAGGUCUGCCUGACUGUGAAGCUGCUGGAGGAUGCUCGGGGCCGCUGCCUCCGCUGCCACGUGAGACAAGCCAGGGACCUGGCCCCCAGGGACAUCUCUGGCACAUCGGACCCAUUUGCCCGUGUGUUUUGGGGCAGCCAUAGUUUGGAAACUUCGACCAUCAAGAAGACGCGCUUCCCACACUGGGAUGAGGUGCUGGAGCUACGGGACGCGCAGGGGACCACGUCCCCACUGCGAGUGGAACUCUGGGAUUGGGACAUGGUGGGCAAGAAUGACUUCUUGGGCAUGGUGGAGUUCACCCCACAGACUCUCCAGCAGAAGCCGCCCAAUGGCUGGUUCCGGCUCCUUCCCUUUCCUAGAGCUGAGGAUUCUGGGGGCAGCCUGGGUGCCCUUCGGCUGAAGGUGCGCCUUACUGAGGACCGGGUCCUGCCUUCCCAGUACUACCAGCCUCUCAUGGAACUGCUUCUGGAGUCCGUGCAAGGGCCAGCGGAGGAGGACACCACCAGCCCCCUCGCUGUGCUAGAGGAGCUGGCCUCUGGGGACUGUCGUCAGGACCUUGCCACCAAGCUGGUGAAGCUUUUCCUGGGCCAGGGCCAAGCUGGGCUCUUUCUAGAUUACCUCACGAGGCGUGAGGUGGCUCGAACCAAUGACCCCAACACCCUCUUCCGGUCUAACUCCUUGGCAUCCAAGUCGAUGGAACAGUUCAUGAAGCUCGUGGGCAUGCGCUACCUGCAUGAGGUCCUGAGGCCCGUGAUCAGCCGCAUCUUCGAGGAGAAGAAAUAUAUGGAACUGGACCCUUGCAAGAUGGACCUGAACCGCUCCCGGAGGAUCUCCUUCAAGGGCACACCCACGGAAGAGCAGGUGCGGGAGACCAGCCUGGGGCUGCUGACUGGAUACCUGGGGUCUGUUGUGGACAUCAUUGUGAGCUCUGCAGGGCGCUGCCCACUUGUCCUGCGCUUGGCCUUUAAGCAACUCCAGCGAUGUGUGGAGAAACGCUUCCCUGGGAUGGAGCAUCAGGAUGUGAAGUACCUAGCCAUCAGUGGCUUCCUCUUUCUGCGGUUCUUUGCGCCUGCCAUCCUCACACCGAAGCUGUUUGACCUCAGAGACCAGCAUGCAGACCCGCAGACCAGCCGCUCCCUGCUGCUGCUGGCCAAGGCUGUGCAAAGCAUUGGAAACCUGGGCCAGCAGCUGGGCCAGGGCAAGGAGCAGUGGCUAGCCCCCCUGCACCCCUUCCUGCUGCAGAGCAUCUCACGUGUGAGGGACUUCUUGGACCAGCUGGUGGAUGUGGAUGAGGGUGAGGAGGCUGGGGGGCCAGCCUGCGCCCUGGUCCAACCCUCAACAAUUGUUCGAGAAGGCUUCCUGCUGAAGCGCAAGGAGGAGCCUGGGGGCCUGGCCACGCGCUUUGCCUUCAAGAAGCGUUACUUCCGGCUGAGUGGGCGGGACCUCUCCUACUCUAAGACUCCAGAGUGGCAGGUCCACUCAUCCAUCCCGCUGUCCUGCAUCCGGGCUGUGGAGCGUGUGGACGAGGGUGCCUUCCAGCUGCCACACGUCAUGCAGGUGGUGACACAGGAUGGCGCCGGGGUGUCACACACCACCUACCUCCAGUGCAAGAAUGUGAAUGACCUCAACCAAUGGCUGUCAGCCCUGCGCAAAGCCAGUGCCCCCAACCCAGGCAAGCUGGCUGACUGCCACCCUGGUGCCUUCCGAAGCGGGCGCUGGACCUGCUGCCUCCAGACUGAGCGCUCAGCUGCUGGCUGUAGCCGCACACACUCAGCCGUCACGCUGGGAGACUGGAGUGACCCACUGGAUCCUGACGCCGAGGCCCAGGUGGUGUAUCGCCAGCUGCUCCUGGGGCGGGAUCAGCUCAGGCUGAAAUUGCUGGAGGACUCCAACCUGGACAUAGCUCCAGAUGUGGACUCUAGGAAGGACUCCAAUGCCACGGACGGGCCCUGUGCUGAGGCUCUGGCCCAGCAGAGAAUAGCCAUUACCCGUCUGCUGCAGGUACUUGAAGACUUGGAGCAAGCCCAUGAGGAGUUCCAGAAACGGGGAUAGGGGCACGUGGCCCUCUAGGAUGCUGAGAAGGUGGCAGAUGCAGUGGGGGACAGAACCACGGGGCUUCCCUGAGCACACUUUGGCCCAGACAUCUCCUUGAGACUGCCUUCUUCACUGCUUGGCGUCUCCCAGACAAAGCCUGGUCCUGUGUACCCUGCAGCCAUCCAGGGCAUAGGAACCUUUGGUAGGGCCCAGCCUUGUACUGACCAAACCUCACUUUCUUCUCUGAACCUGGAGUCUCAGCUUCUCUGGAUACAGCUCUUCCAAUACCUGUGGCGCCCAUCUCACCCCCAAGUUGCUGGAUACAGCUAUACCUGAACGCCAACCCUGGCUGACUCAGAAAAGCACUCAGUAGGCUUGGCCAGGAACUUCCUGUUUUUCACUUCUGUGAGCUGCUGUGACCUCACAGAUCCUUCUGUACCCCACUCUCAUCUGGCAGCCCCAACCUCAAGCUUCUGGAAUCAGGUGUUCUCAGAAGAAUGGACUGGGAGCCCAGCAUGCCAAUUCAGAGCCUCGAAGCCGGACACAGGCUCUUCCUCCUCCUUAUACCCUGUAUAAAGUGAUGCGUGAGCAUGCUUA